GUGGAUAUGAGAAUUUAUUUCAUGGUCUUCACUCUACUGGUGUACAACAAAUUCCACUUCUUUGAGGGUAAGAUGAACCAAAACAGGCUGUAAUAACCAAUUACUACUUAUGGCCUGUGAUUAUUGAUUAUUACUGUAAAAUUAAGAAAUAAGAUAGUGCUGAAUUAACAAUUUCACUCUAAUGAAGGAACAUGCCUGAGCAAAAAGCAUUUUUCAGAAUAUCACGCAUGCAAGAUUAACUUGAGCUUGCAUCUUUAUUCUGGAAAACAAAAACCACCGAGGUAUUUCUCGCAACGGGAGAUAUGAAUUGGAAGCGUGGGUGUUGUAUCUCUAGCAAACCUUAAACUAUCUCAGACCAAAAUAUGGGAUUUUGCCCACCCUAUUUCGAACCUCAAGACCAAAACAAAAUUUAUCAUACCCUAUCUCAGACUAGACUGGCCGCUCCAGCGUCAGCCUUUCAGAUUAGGGCUUUAGAAUUACUAUCGAAGCGCACAUUUUAGGAAUUAAGGUAAACAUGCGUAAUAAAUGAAAAAUUUCGUUCUUUAAAGCCAUACCUAGACCCAACGGUGCCCCACCAAAUUUCAGAACAAGUGGGCUCACAGACCAAAACCAUUUACGCCGCACACACCUACAUAUACCUUGGAUAAGAGAAUCCACUCGUUCCCCGUAGUAACACCAUACUAAUAAGAGGGUCUCAGUGGGGUUUAUCGUUAGCCCUAAAACUGCUAAAAAAUUGUAACGUUUAGUGGCAGGAACGAGAAGAAGAAUAUUACCUGGUUCUGUGGCGUUCCGAAAAAAUUGGACAGAUCUUGUUGUGGUGCCCGGGAGCUCGCAAUAUAACAUGUUGGUUGGAAACAUUGAGAAGUCGGUAAGCAAAUUAAUAGUACUGUCUUCCUAGCUUUUUCCCUUCCUAGUCGUUCAAUAGCACAAGAUAUACUGCCACCUAGCCAUAAUCUUCCCCGUAAAUUGUUUCCAUUACAGUAUUGUAAUAAAAUGCACGAUUUCUUUUUAUGCCCCUUUUUCUUUUAGAAGCGGCGAGCUUUUAAAAGAGAAAUUCAUUUUGUUUCCUAUUUAUUCUUUAAGAUUCAAGAGGCCUUUAAAAAUGAUUCUAAUCUUCAAAAUGUGAGGGUGAUACGAUUGAGGUAGGACAUUUGCUUGUUUACUUUAAAUUUUAACCGGUUGACUGAUAGUAGUAUUUUCAAGUAACUUUUAUAUUUUGCAUUCGAAAAGCCAAUCACAGCGCGCGCUUCGAUCCAUCUCUUAUCUUUAUUGUUCAUUUAAGAUAUUGCAACGUAUCUGAUUGGCCUAAAGACUGCCCUUUUUGAAACUGAAAGAAUCACGUGAAUGCGUACAAGAAUUUUUCCAGAAAAGUUGGUAUGCAGUUUAUUCCAGAGCUUGUGAUAAUAGUUGGCAGAUUGGAAAGCCUAGCGAAUACGAAGCAGCUCAUGACUAAAAUAUCCAAAGAACAAAAAAUGCCACUGUGCUUGAAGCCUUUGGAAAGUUGACUCUUUUGGACCGCUUCUGUACGAAAAAAAAAUAUUCGGGUCCGAAAACUGCCGAGAAACUGCAAAACGUUUGACGAAAUUGUACGUAGAGUUGUAAGGUAAAUUGUGAUACGUUAUCGGCUUGAAAAUACUUUAAAACAAGACAAAAAAAUGGUCAUGAACUUAUUGUUAGUGUUGUUCUUGUUCUUGUUCUUCUUGUUCUUGUUCUUCUCCUUAUUAUUAUUAUUACUAUUAUUGUCGUUGUUGUUAUUGUUGUUGUUGUUGUUAAUAAGUUGUAUUUAUGUUGAUGAAAUUAUCACGACCACUUUACCGAGCCAACAUCGAACUGGAAAAGUGGAAUCGAAUGUCUUUUAUUAACUUGUCUUCGUAUAUACGAAAAAACGUCAUUAAUGAAUUAUUGUUUUUGUGCGAAAUAACAAUGAUAUUUUGCACUUAACCUACAUGUGCAGGAAACUCGAGGGAACUAAAAAUUCUACGGUGCACGGAAAUCUCGAGGUGGAUUUUCAGUUGGAAUUGAACAACCAGGCUCUAGCAAGAAGCAGUGUUCGUCGUGUUUUCUGGGUGAUAAAAAAUGGUACUUUGGAUGGAAUACCACUUCAAAAAGGAUCGUUAUUGCUGCAUGGGCUAGGUGGGUGUAUAUGAAAAAGUAGGAAACUGCUAUUUUUCUGAGCAAACUAACAGCGUGCUAUUCACUUGCUUGACCUUUGCGAUUUGCAUCUUGUUUCGGGUGAGUCUUCUUUCUCUCUCCUUUUAUCUUCUUCUCCAUGAUGUGUCCUUAUCAUUAUCAUCAUCGUCAUCAUCAUAAUCGUCAUCAUCGCGCAAGGAAAGAUAAUCCACAAUUUGAAAAAUGCAUUUUGGACUGAAUUUGGAUGGAAUUCGUUUGAAUACUAGAACUGACAGGAGGCAGAAUUAGCACAGUCAGUUUGUGCGGGGCCUGUUGUGCGGGAGGUCCCACCCGGCUUCGAAUCUCACAGUGUGACCUCAAAGACUUUUUUCCUUUCCGGUAGAUUGAAGUAGCUUUAAAUACCCGUAAAACGGGGCACUGAUGGAGAAGGGAAGGGGAGAGGUAUAAAGUGAGCGCACCUUCGGCUUUAGGUUUGUCAGCCAGAUGACUAUUUCGAGCUAUUGACGUAAAAUAACGAUUCUUUACUUUUUUUCACAUAUUUCGGCCAACGCCCUAAGAUUCAUCCAAGUGCAACAGUUCUCCCACUAUCUACUGACACACACUUUUCUUUUCAGCUUUACCAGUGUUUCCUAACAAGUGGCCAUCAGGGGACUACGGUCUCCCAAAGCCAACUUCAGGAUGUCCUGAUAAAAACUGGAGAGAAGGUUUUAGAUAUCAAGACUCUGAAAAUGUUCAAAAUACGAACUUGGUAUCGAACGGAAGCCAUCUCUCGGGAAGAGUGAGCCAACAUGGUGUUAGACAGGAAUUCUGUAUGCACCAUGAUACACCUGCAGGUGAAUCCAUCCCAUGGCCUCGGGGAAAGUAUUGCAUUUAUAGGAAAGGAGGAAAAUGUCCACUUGGCUUAAGCGAGGGUACGUUGAAAAAUGGUAAAUUGAGGAUACCAGCAAGGACUGUUUUCAGUUUGAUACUGCUCGCUAUAUUUUCUAAUUCAAAACGAUUAAAUUUUAUUCAUUCUAAUUAAAGCUUUCAAAAAAAGUAAUAGGCUAAAUGAGAUUGCUUGAAUAGCUCGUCCUCGGUAAGAGAAGCUUAAGGACUGCAAAAUUUUAAUUAAAAAAUAACUAAAAUUGAAGUAAAAUACUCAAAACAAAACAAACCAAACAAGCGUUUGCCUGCCGGGACCUUAACUUGCCCCUGAUUGUAUUUUCUUCAGGCAAAUUUUAUGCCCUAUGAUUAAUCUCUUAAUAUUGUUUCAGGUUGGAUUCGAUGGGAUGAUGAAAACAGGAAAAUAGACUUCCCAAAUUCUCUGGGAGGAGAUCUUCCUGAUGGUAUAUAUGGGCAAAAUACCUUGAUUUAUUUUUGUUGUAGCAUAUCAGGAAGGAAGUCCGCUGCUAUUUCUUUGCCGUAUAAAACUCCGUUUUAUUUGAUCGCCUAUGGUUCAUCUGAAUGCCAACAAGUCCGCUAUCACAAGGCAAGUUUCUGCUUCAAAUUCAACUCUAGUGAAUUCUAAUUCUCCGAUAGAAGAUACUGAAUUAGCUAAGUCAGGAUAAAACAGAUAAAAGCACACCUACUUCAAAUUCUCAUUCCUUGUUACAUCUAUAAACGAGAAACAACCUCGUCCCCAGGGCGCUUUUCCAUGGCUUUGGAGGAGCCAGGGAAAAGCGCCCUGGGGACGAGGUUGAACGAGAAAAGGAGCCUAUUACAUUUUAAGGGUAAAUGGGUUCCAGACAAUGAGUAAUAUAAACUGUCUAUUCAACUGUCCAGUUAGAUAAAAUGAGUUUUCUGCAGCUUUUGUAGAUCAUCAUAAAGUCAGCUAUCUUUCCAAGUAUUUUCUGAUUCGAGAAACAACAAAAGUUCAAUUAUUGCGUUAGCCUUCUUUCACUGUGCCUGAUCCCUCAUGGUGGCCAGCGGUUACGUUUAAGGUUAAAUUUGAUUGGUUGGGGAUUGAAAGAUUCAUCUUCUAAUAGCACCUUAUCUUGGGCUGCAUCGUGAAAGUUAUUGCAUAUUGUUGUACAUGUACAUUAAUUACUUAAGCGUAAAGUCAACUGGUUAUUUUUUCCUCUACGCAGGUUACUUCGGAAUAUCUUCAAUUUGACGACGAAGACCAAGAAAAUACUAAUUCGCAUAGCAGAAUAUCACCUUAUGGAGCAUCAGAGGAUCCUUAUAACAACCGUCUAUACUACUGUUACUAUCAGCCAAGUAAGUCAUUCUUGUUUGAGCUUUUGAGAUAUCGAAUCCGUGUUGUAUAAUGAAGACACUGUGAUGAGUCAAAUCAGGAUUGUAAGUCCUGCUAAUCAAGCGACUGCCAAUCUAUUUUUCAGUUCCUUGUGAUGUCAUUGCUGACGCUGCCUGCCUCAACCGAGAUCCAGUCACGACGGAAAUGGAAGAAAGAAUCAAGGUGUUGUUACACAAAGAUCUGUUACGUAGUCUCGGAACUUGCAGCUUCUAUUAUACUGUCAUGUUAGCUUGUGGUUGUAGAAAGAAUGGUUGUCUGGAGUCACCAUCCUUGGUUUUUCUUGAUGGGCAUAAGCAACUCAAGAGAAUUCUACUGCUCUCGCGUCUGCCAGGAAAAUCCUUCAAUGCAUGCAGGCCACAUUUUCUCUUUCCAGUACCGGAUCCAGACCUUGAGAUAAGUGGGGUGGGGGGUUGGUCAUCUAGACUUUUAGAUAAGAGUGGCCGCGGUCUCCAAAAAAAAUUUUUUCAUCCCUUCGGGCCUUAGUUUGGUCUAAAAUAAGGGGGGGGGGGGGGGGGACCCCCCCUAGGCCCCCCAUUCGCUUUUCCCCCCCCCAGGGGGGGGGGGGGGGGAGGACCCUCCCCUAGAUCCGCCAUUGCUUUGUACCCUCCCUAUCCUGCUUACAGGUUGCUGUCCUGUGAACGUCUAUGAUUGGUUCCACUUCCCUUUAUCUUUCAAAAAUUAAGUUUUGCUUGAUGAAAGUCUGAUUUACAACAGAUAUCCGAAGCUAACCCCACUUUCUAUUUUAUUUUGCAGGUAACAUUUGUGCCAGAGAAAACCACAACUCGAGCUACUAAGUUUAUGAGUGGGAGCGGAGUGGGGAUUUUUCUGAUGGGCACUGCAUUCAUAGCUGUAUUUGCAAGAAGAUUUAUAACGCGAUCAAGAGCGAUUUAG